AUGGCUUCUAAAUGGAUUGUUCUGGUCUUCAGUAUGCUCUGGUGCUUGUCAGCAGCAUCCCGGCUCACAGGUGAAACAGAGACUGAUGUGGAUGAGGGACACGGACACGAGUGGGACAUCUUUGACAUCAAUAAAGAGCAGGAUUGGGACCUGCUGAAGGGUGAUAUUGUAAUAGAUGAGACUGACAGCAGAAACACUAUUCUUGGGGAGCAGUAUCUCUGGCCUCAGACUGUACCCUACUAUCUGAAGGACAGCCUAGACAUAAAUGCUAAGGGGGUGAUUCUGAAGGCCUUCGAGCAGUACAGACUGAAGACCUGCAUCAACUUUGUGCCAUGGAAGGGAGAUAAUAACUAUAUAUCUGUGUUCAAAGGCACCGGGUGCUACUACUCAGUAGAUAACAGGCAGGUGGGGAAGCAGAGGUUGUCUAUUGGUCGUAACUGUGACCGUCUGGCAACGGUUGAGCAUGAGUUGCUGCAUGCUCUGGGUUUCUGGCACGAGCAGUCCGGAGCUGACCGCGAUGACUAUGUCAACAUCAUGUGGGACCGCAUCGAAGAAGGAAGAGACCAUAACUUCCUGAUCCACGGUGAGUCAGUGUCGAGUGCUCUGAAUGUGCCCUCUGACUACGGCUCUGUGAUGCUCUACAGUAAAACAGCCUUCAACAUCGGGUCAGAGCCCUCCAUCAUUACUAAGAUACCGAGCUUCAUGGACGUGAUUAGUCAACGCAUGGAGUUUGACAUGCUGAAGCUCAACAGGCUCUACAACUGCACAACUUCCUCAACGUUCCUGGACUCAUGCAGCUUUGAGAAGGAGAAUAUCUGUGGGAUGAUCCAGGGUCCUGUUGGGAAAGCUCAGUGGGAACACAGACACAGUGUGGCUGGGGGACCCAACACAGACUACACUAACAUGGGCCAGUGUGAUGGAAAAGGUUAUUUCAUGCACUUCAGUACGGUUAAGGGUAACCAUGGUGACCAGGCCAACCUGGAGAGUCGUUAUAUGAGCGUGUACAUCAAUGGCCGUAGCAGCCCAGGUAGCAUGGCCAUCUACUUCCACCUAACCUCCGGCCCUAAAGACGACUCCCUCACCUGGCCCUGUCCAUGGCAUCAGACCACCAUGGCCCUGAUGGACCAGAACCCGGACAUCAGACAGAGAAUGUCCAACCACCACAUGAUCACCACCGACCCCAACAAGCUGUCCUCAGACGGCAAUGAUUUCUACUGGGACAAUCCCCUUAAGGUGGGCAGUCUGGUAAACGGUUCUGAUGGCAACCAGUUCUACCGCGGGCCUGGUACCGGAACCAGCAGCUACCUCACCCACUGCAGGCUGAAGAGCUGGAACUUCAAAGGAGACAAUGCCAUCUUCCUCCUCGGUCUAGAGGAUGUGUCUGCACUGCUGGAGACCCAGCCGCUUCCUCAUUCUGCUGUUCAUCAGUCUGAGAAGAGCGCCGAAGUAUCACCCAGCAGGGAGACCAACACGUCCACAGUGGUGAUGGCUGUGUCCAUGAGCUUGGCAGCGGUCAUGUUCGUGGUUACCAUGGUAAGCGCAGUGUACACCAGGAGAGUGAGGAGACCGGAGAGUGACGUGAUCGUUGUGGAUAACAUCUAG